CCUAUGAUAGUUAACGACAAAAUGAACAUCAUCCAAAUAGUCUGAAUGUCCGUUUUAAACAUCUUUAAUGUUUAAAAUUGAAAGAAAUAAUUGUCUGAAUCUGAAAGAAACUUUCCUAAAACUGAUUAAAUAGUUCAAGAUGAUUUAUUCAAGUUUGCAUGCUGCAUACAUGCAAGUAUUUUUGCUGUAUAUUUGCUCUAGAUUACAGGUUUUCUACAUUUCUGCGCACUAUCUUUUCUAUACCGUCUUUAACACAUUUCAUUCUUCAGUGAACAGUUUUAAUGUCUGACCUUCUUGUUAAAUGAAUUUUAAACACUUAACUUAUAGAAUUGCAAUUUUAAAAAAGCUAAUGUUCCUAAAACUGAUUUAAUGGUUAAAGAUAGAUGCAUACAAAUGUAUUUUCUAAUAUAGGCAAGUUUGCACACUGCAUACAUGCAAGUAUUUUUGCUCUAUAUUAAUUCUACAUUACAAGUUGUUUAAUUUUUAAAAACAUUUUUACAUCUUUUCUCUAACGUCUUUAACACGUUUUAGUUCUUCAGUGAACAGUUUUUAUGUCUGAUCUUCUUGUUAAAUCAGUUUUAGACAUGUUUAACUUCUAGAAUUGAAAAGAAGAGUCUAAAGACAGAAGAAAUGUUCCUUAAACUGAUUUAAUGGUUAAAGAUAGAUGCAUAUAAUUUUUUUCUAAUUUAUGCAAAUUUGCUCACCCUGUAUUAGUUCUAGAUUACAGGUUUUCUACAUUUUUGCACACUGAAUCUUCUCUCUAACAUCUUUAACACAUUUUAGUUCUUCUGUGAACAGUUUUAGGCCUGAUCUUCUUGUUUAAACUUCUAGAAUUAUAAAAAAAAAGAGUCUAAUGAUAAACUGUCCUGAAACUUGUAAAAUGAAUAAACAGAGUGACGGACUGCAGUUUGUUUUAUAUUCUGUUCAGCUGAAUCUGAGUUGAAUCCUGAUUUCUGUGCAUCAUGAAGAGAAAAAGUUUAUGAUAAACGUGCGUUUCCGUUUUUUCAGUUUUUUUGUCUGAAUGUUGAUGAUAUAAAAUCUGUUUAUUGUGUUAAAUGUGUGUUUUAGUUUCAGUAUUCUGGAGAUUGAGGUCUAUUCUCUGUCACGUUUAGCGUCAGACGUUCCUGCAGAAACCGUCAGAGCCCAGAGGGAUUUUUACCGAUGCUCAGGAGAUAGACAAGGAGAGUCCCCAGGUUCUGCACCCGUCUCCAGGUUCUGCCACCGUCUCCAGGUUCUGUGCCCGUCUCCAGGUUCUGCUCGUGUCUCGAGGUUCUGCCCCCGUCUCCAUGUUUUGUGCCCGUCCCCAGGUGUUCUGCUCCUGUCUCUAGGUUUUGCGCCCAGGUUUUUCUCCCGUCUCCAGGUUUUGUGCCCAGGUUCAGCACCCGUCUCCAUGUUCUGCACCCAUCCCCAGGUUCUGCUCCUGUCUCCAGGUUCUGCCCCCAGGAUCUGCUCCCGUCUCCAUGUUCUGCACCCGUCCCCUGGUUCUGCUCCUGUCUCUAGGUUCUGCCACCGUCCCCAGGUUCUGUGCCCGUCUCCAGGUUCUGUGCCCGUCUCCAGGUUCUGCACCCGUCCCCAGGUUCUGCUCCCGUCUCUAGGUUUUGCGCCCAGGUUUUUCUCCCGUCUCCAGGUUUUGUGCCCAGGUUGAGCACCUGUCCCCAGGUUCUACUCCUGUCUCCAGGUUCUGCCCCCAGGAUCUGCUCCUGUCUCCAUGUUCUGCACCUGUCCCCAGUUUCUGCACCUGUUUCCAGGUUCUGCCACCGUCUCCCGGUUCUUCGCCCGUCCCCAUGUUCUGCACCUGUCCCCAGGUUCUGCUCCCGUCUCCAGGUUUUGCGCCCACAAUCUGCUCCCAUCUCCAUGUUCUUCGCCCGUCCCCAUGUUCUGCACCCGUCUCCAUGUUCUGCGCCCGUCUCCAGAUUCUGGUCCCGUCUCCAGGUUCUGCGUCCAGGUUGCUCCCGUGUCCAGGUUCUGCGCUCAGAAACAACAUGAACAGAUGCUCCAGGUUCUGCCGUUUUUAUCACCGCACGACUUCUGCUGUGAGUCCACAGGAUGCCCAGGUUCCAGGAGGUGGAGGGGGGCCAGACUUCGAUCCCUGCUGGUGGCAGUGGUGGUUUGGUUGCUAAGUGAUACAACAUCCUGCAGAGUCUGGGCCGAGGGAGUUUUGGUUCAGUUUAUCUGGUGCAGGACGUCAAGGCUACAGAUGGAGAAGAGCUGAAGGUGCUGAAGCAGAUUCCUCUGGGCGACCUCCGACCUGACGAGACGGUCCGAGCCACUCAGGAGGCCCAGCUGCUGUCUCAGCUGCACCACCCGGCCAUCCUCAGCUUCCACCACAGCUUCCUGGAGCGAGACGCCUUCUGCAUCAUCACAGAGUACUGCCAGGAUCGGGAUCUGGACUGUAAGCUGCAGGAGAUGAAGCGAGCUGGGCGGAGCCUCCCCGAGAACCAGGUCAUUGAUUGGCUCAUCCAGCUGCUCCUCGGCCUUCACUACAUGCAUGACAGGCGAAUCCUCCAUCGAGAUCUGAAGGCCAAAAACGUCUUCCUGAAACGAAACCUCGUUAAAAUCGGUGAUUUUGGCGUUUCCUGCCUGCUGAUGGGGUCAUGUGACCUGGCGACCACCUUCACUGGGACUCCGUUCUACAUGAGUCCAGAGGUGCUGAACCACCAGGGCUACGACUCCAAGUCCGACAUCUGGGCUCUGGGCUGCCUCCUCUAUGAGAUGUGCUGUCUGACUCACGCCUUCCAGGGGCCCAACUUCCUGUCUGUGCUGAUGAGGAUCGUGGAGGGAGAAACCCCGACACUGCCCUCCACGUACUCUCCAGACCUGAACUCUGUCAUGCAGAGGAUGCUGCAGAAACAACCUUCAUGUAGACCGACAGCAGCUGAGAUUCUCCGCAGCAGAUUCAUGGAAGAAAACAUGCAGAAGAUGAAGGACAGGUUUGUCUUUGUGUCGUCUGGAGGAGACAAAGAUGCUGAACUCAUCGCUAAGAACAUGCAGACGAAGGUUCACCUGCAGACGCUGAGGGAUCGGUCGGAGGUGGAGAAGAUGACGCCCAGAGAGAGAAUGAGGCUCUGCAAACUGCAGGCUGCUGACGAGAAGGCCAAGAGACUCAGGAAACUGGCUGAGGAGAAAUACGAAGAGGUUCACACCCGCAGGAGAGAACUGAGGAGCCGCCAUUUUGAAAAAGUCACUCUGGAUGUUCUGAAUGAGACCAGAGACGGUAGAGCCUGUCAGAGGUGGCCAAUCAGCAGCCAGGAUCACCAGAGUACUGGCGGAGUGCAGUCGAUCCAGAAGCAGGAUGAAUCAGUUGCAGAGCCUCCAGGAAUCCCAGAGGACCCUCAAGCUGCUGAAGUUUAUUACAACCAGGACAGAUUCGACUCGUGUUCGGAGGACGAGGAGUCGCCUGCAGAGAGUCUUUACCUGUCCGACCCACAGGUUAGUGAGCUGGAGGCCAUGAUGAAGCACAUGCAGGAAGUUCUGGAUGAGGAACUGAGCGGAGAUGCAGCAGAGCCAGAGGCCCCUCAGAGCCCACAGGGGCCCCUCAUGAUCAACAGGAGCCUGCUUCAGACCAAAAUCCAGCUCCUGAGAGACUCCAUCAGUCGACGUCUGGGCUCGGAGGUUUUCCAGAAGCUCUACGAGAACCUGAAGGAGGCCAGACGGCAGCGACGGGACGCCGGCGGAGAGGACGAAGCUGUGAACCUGCAGGACCAACCUGAUGAGGGUUUCCAGGUGGACCAGCUGCUGUUUUAUGAGGAGGAGCUGCAGAGACUGAAGAAGCAGCAGGAUGUGAACACAGACACUUUCACAGAUUACUGGAUGUCAAACCGUCACUCUGAGGACAGCAGCUCCCUUCGAGAUGUUCAGAGGGAGAUGAUGCCACAUCUGGUCCAGCUGAUGGAAGGUCUUGAAGUUCUCUGACUGGCCUCGACUGAAGAUGGUCGUCUCACUGGAUUUAAGGUUCAGAUGCUCAGUAACAAACUCCACCAAUGAGC